UUGCAUGGCACUGCCCAUAGAGCAGCCACAGGGCAUCAGCCAAACCUCAUUCACUCUGCAUCCAUAGGUCACUGCAAUACACAGUAUAUGCUGCAUUGUAUGCCUAGGUCACCCUUUGUAUUGGACACUAUUGCCCUCUAUAAACUACACCCAUAGGGAAGUGCUUUUCUAUUACACCCUUAUAUUAGUGCUGCACAGGAUUCUGUAGUAUGCUCCAGUGUCAUCAGCUCUGUGAUUUGACUCUCUGCCUGUCCCAGGACUAAGUGGGAUAUUUACUGUUGCACCCUGUGAUCUGUUCAUCUAAACACAAACCAGGAGCUUAUUCAGUGCAAAGCGGAUGGGACUCUUUGUGAAUACAGUGAUUUUAACCUACUGAGCUGGCAUGGGCAGUGAUUCUAAGGUCUGAUAAACAGGCUGCCUGCACCAUGGCAUCUCACGGGAAGCCCAGACGGGACCGAACCUCUGAAUAUGAGAGCCAUAUCAAAGAAAUCCGUAUACAGCUGGUGGAGCAGGUAAAGUGCUUGGACGCACAGGUGGAUUUCCGGCAGUUGCUGCUGCAGGACAUGUCCGAGUUUCUGCGCAGAAAAUCUGAGAUUAACCUAGAAUACUCCCGUAGCCUGGAAAAACUGAGCGACCGAUUCUCUUCGAAAAUCCGCAAUUCCAAGGAGCAUCACAACUUCAGGAAGGAGCAACAUGUACUAUCACCUGUCAAUUGCUGGUACUCGAUUUUAAAUCAGACGCGUCAAGAGAGCCGCGAUCAUGCUGCUCUGAGCGAUGUGUACACUGGACACCUUAUACCACGUCUCACACACAUUGGAGAAGAUAUCUCCCGCCUCGCCAAGAAGAGUAAGGAAGUGGGUUUGCAGCAACAGGAAGACAUACUGAAGCUAGUGUCAGAAUUACAAGGGGCCAUGAAGACUUACCAGUCAUAUCACAGCGACUUUAUGUACUCAGAACACAAGCUGAAGGAAGCAGAAAAGCAGGACGAGAAGCGUACCGGAAGAGUUAGCGAGCAAACGGCGAGUUCUCCUGUUACCGAUAGAGGCCAGAGACGCAGCUCUUUAAAGAAAAGCGAGCGGCUUAUUGAGAAGAGGCUGAAGAAAUAUUUGGACAACAAACAGAAGUGUACCAAGGCCAGAAAUGAAUACCUCAUAAACCUAAACACAGUGAAUACCAACAUAAGCAACUACUACAUACAUGAUGUCAGUGACCUGAUUGACUGUUGUGACCUGGGCUUCCACCAAUCCAUGAGUAAAACACUACGUGUGUACCUCCAGGCUGAGGAGCAAGUCCAGGCAUCACGACAGCAGGGUCUACAUGCCAUCGAGGGUGCAGUAGAUAACCUUGAUGCUCAAGCAGAUAAAAACAAGUUGAUGGAGAUGAAUGGUGACAUGUUUUGUCCGCCAGCACGGUUCGAUUUCCAUCCCCAUGAAGGUGAUGAGGUGUCUGAAGUUCAAUCUGAGCCAAUGUUACAUCAAGAGUUAAUUUCACGGUUUCAGCAUAUCCAGGCCAGGCUGGAAAAUGAGCACUUGGAAACUGAAGAGGUCAACAAAACACUGAAGGCUACUCUUCAAGCCCUUCUGGAUCUGAUUGGUUCUGAUGAUUUUGAUGUUUCGGAUGCUUUCCAAUCCAGUCAGUCAACUGAAUCACUUAAAUCCACUGGAUCAGACACCAGCAGUAAGACAAACACAGCCAAGCGGAGAGCAAACCAGCAGGACACAGAGAACUUCUAUGUGACAAAAUUUCAGAAAUAUCUGGCUGGUCGAAGUACUAUUUGCAAACUACAGGCAAAGCGAGAUCAGUUGAAGGAAGCUAUUGACAAAGCUGCUAUAGUGAACAACAGUGUCUCAGGGCUACAGUCCAGCACCAGUAGGUCUCAGCGGGUGAAAAGGCAGCGACCGACCUCCCAGUAUAUCUACAAACUGUUUAACGGGGAUUUGGAGGAGUUUGUUAAGAGUUCAGGAGAAGCCAUUCCCCGGGUCGUAUCAAGCUGCAUCCGUUUCAUCAACUUGCACGGUUUGCAGCAUGAAGGUAUUUUCCGUGUUCCAGGAUCCCAAGUUCAGGUGAAUGAGAUUCGCAGCGCUUUUGAGAGAGGUGAGGAUCCGUUAGAAGACAGCUACACUGGGCAUGAUGUGGAUUCUGUGGCGGGAGUCCUGAAACUCUAUUUCAGAGGCCUGGAAAAGCCCCUCUUCCCAAAUGAUAUGUUCAACGACCUGCUAUCCUGUAUCCAGCUCGAGAACCCGCAAGAGAGAGCAGCACAACUCAAGCAGCUUGUGCUACGGCUACCGCCAGCUGUCACGCUUGUCCUUCGAUACCUUUUUGCCUUCCUAAACCAUCUGUCCCAGUACAGCGAUGAAAACAUGAUGGACCCUUACAAUCUGGCUGUCUGCUUUGGUCCUACCUUGGUCUCCAUACCUGAGGGGCAAGACCCAGUGUCCGUUCAGGCUCGAGUUAAUGAGGUGGUGAAGACCAUCAUUAUUUACCAAGAAUGGAUCUUCCCAGGGUCAGCAGAACUGGAGGGGCCUAUUUACGAGAAGUGCAUGACUGUAGAGGAGGAUGAGGAAUACUGUGAUCCCAUGACACUAGAACCUACCACUGAAGAGAAUGACCAAGACAUGCAACAAGAGACGACUGCUAGUGAAGAUGAGUUGGACAUAGUAGAGGCUGUUGCUCGGUUUGAAUAUACAGCCCGGAGCCCCAAGGAACUUUCCUUCAAGAAAGGAGACACAUUGCUGCUACACAAUAAGGCAUCUGGCGACUGGUGGAGCGGAGAACUGGCUGGGGUCAAAGGGCUUAUCCCCCACAAAUACAUCAACAUGCCUGAUGGGGCAGAGAAACGUUUGGAGCAGCGAGCUCUAAAGAAAGAUGGAGAAUCUGGCUCUGAGGACCAUGUUACAGAGCAAAGCAGGUUGCGUUUAAACUCAGAUAGCGCUUGCUCCCCCCGGAAACGCAGUGAGGGGAGCCCUAUCCGGAAACUAAACUCUCCCUUUAUGGAUUCGGGUCGUAUUCCCUUUCCCAUGACACAUUCUGCGACCCCCAGACUGAUAGGACACAUGGACAGGAUGCCAUCAGCUGCUGGGAUCAACAGAUCCCCUAUGGACUGCACAGCAAAGGGGACCUCCACUGUCAAAACCUGGCAAAGUGAACGCCAGGGAAUAGAAGUAGAUAAGAACGUGACCAAGAACAUGGACAGCGUCUUCAAAGAGCUUCUGGGAAAAACUGUUAUGAGACUAGGGAUAUUGGAUGAAUCUGGAGAUCUCUCCAAAGGAGGAAAACCUCAAGAUCUUAAAUCCACUGCUGUCAGUAGCCCUGAACCAGCUCGUGUAGGAUCUGCUGGGAAGAAAGGAUCUCAAGGAAGAGCUGUAUUUGGGACAAGGAGAUGAAACCUCAAUAUUUUAUCUAUGGUUGGGAUCAAGAAGAGGCUCUUAACUGAGCUAGGGAGAGGGCGCUCUGAGUCAAAUGGCUUCCUAUGGUCUCAUUCAGAUUGGGCCAUUGAAACCUUUACUGGAUAGUGGGAGCUUUUAAGAAAAAAGAACAUUAUCUGUGGACAUUUAAUCCACCAAGAGGUUUGGGCUCUUCAGGACCUCCUCUAUACAUUGUUCAUUGUGUAUCAGUGUUUGUUACUGUUUCGAAGAGAAGCAGCAGUGGUGCCAUACCAGCAAGGGCUCUUCUUUCCUCGUCACUUCCCCAAAAUGACCAGCAGGGACUUGUGUCCAGCCAAUCUGGAGAGAAGGGGAAAGGAGUUCCUAGACACAUAUAUAUAUAUAGAUAGUUGUUUGUUACAGAAGGCAAUACUGGCACAUACCCUCCGAAUACCCAAGUCCAUAGCAUUAUGGAAUAUCGCUUAUCUGCUGGCCUUCAGCUAAUAUGCCAUAUUUAAAAUGCACAGUGAAACCAGCUGGUGACUAUGAAAAAAAAGCACAGCCAACAAAGUUAUUACAUUUCAGAUGUUCUUGAUGAUAACUCUACUAGUCAGCUAAUGCCCAACCAAUUCUGCAGUGGAGAAAGAGCCAAUGAAAAAUGUAUUAAGCUACAAAUAAAGGGCACUGUUUUUUCCCAGUUUCUGUAUGAAGGUACCAUUUUGUGAUUAAUCUGCCCCGCAGGGGUUAAAGGUACAAUCAGCUAGGAUCACAUGAUGUAACAAAUUAAGGAGUGUCAAAUUUGUAUUACAUUGUAGAACCAAUUGCAGUUUCAAGACCACUUAUCAUCCAGGGUCAUCAUAUGUGCUUAUUUUAAUUUUUACCAUAACCACAACAACCUAUAAAAAUGCUAAUAUCUAAUCACUACUACGUUUGUCUGCAAUAAUGGUUGACGUAGUCUAUAUAGUAAAAUAAGCUUACAGUGUGCUCCUUUGUGUAAUCAAGUAAUUGUAAUUGGUCUCAACUUUUUUUAUUUAUAAUUUCCUACUUAAUAAUCAUGCAGAUUAAAAAAUAUAUAUAUAUAUAUAUAUAUAUGAUAUACAUACUAAAUUAUUUAUGUUUUAGUCCUUUAAAAGGGACAAAGCAGUUGGACUAGGAUGGCAAUAUAGUUCAAUGCAUCAGAUAAUCAUCUGCCCACUGUUUUAAAAAGCCAUAUUUAUUGCCACCUUUAUUUUGCUAAAAUGGUGAUAAAACAUCUGCUGUUUCUCACAGUGUCUGAAAACUAAACUUAAACCACAGUAUUAAUUUACUUCAAAAAAAUUGAAAAAAAGCACACCUGAGGAAAAAAGCACACUGGGGGCAUGGAGUCACCGACUUGCCAAGUCCUCACCACUAUUCAUCAUUAAUGUAAACUCCAGCCUCCAAAUCUUUUAAAAGACCUUUAUUGUUUUUAAUUUGUUGGUUCCAAACAGAGAAUACAACAUUUCAAGCCUGCAAUAGGCCCUUAGUCAUGACUAAGGGCCUAAUUCAGAUUUGAAAUUUUGUAUUAAGGGCCUAUUGCAGGCUUGAAGCAUUGUAUUCUCUGUUUGGACCCAGCAAAUGAAACAAUAAAGGUCUUUUAAAAGAUUUGGAGGCUGGAGUCUACAUGAAUGAUGAAUAAAGUAUUUACCACAUCCGCAAAUAACAGCACUGUUUCAGAGAGAGCGCAAAAAAACAAUACAAGAAGUAUAGGGUUAAAAAACUAUAUACCUGUACAAAUAUAUAUACUGUUUCACAAUAGCAAUACAAUGUAACAGGUGUACUAUGCAUCUCAUAGCUCUUUCCUCUAGCUCAUUUGUAAGUAUACGCCCACUAAUGUGGAAAACAUCUAACUGAUAUUAAACUGAGCCCAAAAUUAAUACAUUGUAGUCUGAGGGAAAUCACUCAGAAACAAUGUGAGAUUCGGCAGCAGACUUUAAUAAAUGUUUAUGUGCAUUUCUGUUUUAUAAACUUUAUUUUUUUAAACUUUUACACUUCAUUGCUAUUCUCAUCCAAGUAGCUGUGUCCCUUUUAAUCCUACUGUGAUAACUUUGACUGAUUUCCACUGGAAUGUUUGAAACGUUUUUCAUGAAUUCAGUUUAGCUUCUGCCCACAAGGGGUCACUGCAGCAUCACCAGCAAAAAUAUGGCACAUCAAUUCUGGCAACACAAAUUUUUAUUUAGUAAUUUUUUUUUUAUUAUUACUCUUCCCCCCACAUUUGGAAAUUAGUUAAUAAUGUCCAUGAGGCAGCUUGGAGGUUAACAGACUUUCCCAUGUUAAUGCACAAAAGAUGGCUGGGGUGCCUCGUUGCUUAUUGUUAGACUGUCUCUUGUGGUUUGCUUUGGAAUCCCUGCUCUUGUAAGAAGACUUUCAUUCUGUACGUUCCGCCGUUCCUCACCCCCCCCCCCCCCGCAAAGCUGUGUACUGUCCUGGCUUUAUCCUAAAGAACUCUUUAUUGAAGCACUCUGCUAGUUGGCUUGCCAACCCAUUUGGAAAACUCCACAGUCUGACUUGUGCAAUGUUAUUUGUGUGUUACAGAUUCAAAGAGCUGUAUAUUCUAAUAAUUUGCUUCUUCGUCGUCCUAUUAUUUGAAUUUGCUAUGGAGUCCUCCCUAUGGGAUGGGGGGAAUGAAUACAUGGCACUGCUUAAUAUAUGACUGCCACCAUAAAGAUUCCACAGAGCUGGUUUAUUACUCUGAGUUGAGUCACAGAACUCUCAGAAUCUCUGUGGUGUUUCUUCCAACCAACUUCUCGCUAUUUGUGUAUCUUGAGCUCACAGAGCAAUGCAAAUAAAAUGUGGUAUUUAUA